AUGAACAUAGACGUGGAGUUCCACAUCCGGCACAACUACCCCUGGAGCAAGUUGCCGGCCAACGUGAGGCAGGGUCUCGGGAAAACCGACCCGCAGCCCAGAGCUCGGAGAGUACGGGGCCGUGGGAGCACGAUGGGGCUGACGCCGUCUGAGAUGGAGUGGGGUCUGAGGCUUCUUGGCAUAGGAAGAAAUCAAUACAUUGACCUUAUGAAUCAGUGCAGGUCAUCAAAGAAAUUUUUCAGAAGGAAAACUGCCCGGGAUCUUCUGCCAGUAAAGCCAGUGGAAAUUACCAUAGAGGCCUGGUGGGUGGUACAGGCUGGUUAUAUCACAGAAGAUGACAUAAAGAUAUGCACUUUGCCUGAGAAAUGCGCUAUUGAUAAGAUCAUCGAUUCAGGUCCUCAGCUUUCCGGAUCUCUAGAUUACAAUGUAGUACAUAGUUUAUAUAACAAAGGAUUUAUUUAUCUGGAUGUACCAAUAUCUGAUGACAGUUGUAUAGCAGUUCCUCCUCUUGAAGGCUUUGUAAUGAAUCGCGUUCAAGGUGAUUAUUUUGAAACCCUGCUGUAUAAGAUAUUUGUUUCAAUCGAUGAGCACACUAAUGUUGCAGAGCUUGCAAAUGUCCUUGAAAUAGACUUAUCCCUGGUCAAGAAUGCUGUUUCAAUGUAUUGCCGAUUGGGCUUUGCUCAUAAGAAGGGACAAGUAAUCAAUUUGGAUCAACUUCAUUUAUCGUGGCGGAAUGUUCCAUCUGUAAACAGAUUAAAGAGUACUUUUGACCCACAAAAGAUGCUUCUCUCAUGGGAUGGCGGGGAAAGUAGGAGUCCUGUACAAGAAGCUUCGUCAGCUACUGAUACUGAUACAAAUAGUCAAGAAGAUCCAGCUGAUACGGCCAGUAUAAGCAGUUUGAGUCUGUCUACAGGAUAUACAAAGCGAAUUGCAUUCCUAUUUGAUUCAACUCUUACUGCCUUUUUAAUGAUGGGAAAUCUUUCACCAAACUUGAAAAGUCACGCAGUCACGAUGUUUGAAGUUGGCAAGCUUUCAGAUGAGUCUCUGGACAGCUUUCUCAUAGAAUUGGAAAAGGUUCAGAGCACUGGUGAAGGAGAAGCACAGAGAUACUUUGAUCAUGCACUUACUCUGAGAAACACAAUACUGUUUUUGCGUCAUAAUAAGGAUCUAGUUGCACACACGGCACAGCCAGACCAACCCAAUUACGGUUUUCCUCUGGAUCUCUUACGCUGUGAAAGCCUCCUGGGUUUGGAUCCUGCGACUUGCAGCAGAGUUCUGAACAAAAACUACAGUCUUCUCGUUUCCAUGGCGCCUCUCACCAAUGAAAUCAGGCCCAUCAGCAGCUGCACCCCUCAGCAUAUUGGACCAGCUAUCCCAGAAGUCAGUUCUGUCUGGUUUAAACUGUACAUUUACCAUAUCACUGGGCAAGGACCACCAUCCCUCUUACUGUCCAAGGGUACAAGACUUCGAAAAUUGCCAGAUAUAUUCCAGGGUUAUGAUCGAUUACUAAUAACGUCUUGGGGUCAUGAUCCCGGGGUAGUUCCUACUUCAAAUGUGCUCACAAUGUUGAAUGAUGCUUUAACACAUUCUGCAGUUUUAAUUCAGGGACAUGGUUUGCAUGGGAUAGGAGAAACUAUCCAUAUACCAUUUCCAUUGGAUGAGACAGAACUACAAGGAGAGUUUACUCGUGUCAAUAUGGGUGUUCAUAAAGCAUUACAAGUCUUAAGGACCAAAGUGGACUUGCAGCAUUUCUGUGGCUAUGUCACCAUGCUGAAUGCUUCUAGUCAACUUGCAAGUAGAAAACUCAGUGACGCUUCAGAUGAGAGAGGAGAACCUGAUUUGGCUUCUGGCUCAGAUGUAAAUGGGAGCACAGAGUCAUUUGAAAUGGUCAUUGAGGAAGUGACUAUAGAUUCAACAAUGAAGCAAAACUCUGCUGCUACAACAGAAGCGGAUUGGGUUCCUCUCGAAUUGUGCUUUGGAAUUCCACUCUUUAGUUCUGAGUUAAAUCAGAAAGUUUGUAGGAAAAUUGCUACACAUGGCCUUUGCAGAAAAGAGAGCCUUCAAAACCUCUUACAUUCCAGUAGAAAACUCUCUCUACAAGUCCUUAACUUUGUUCACUCAUUCCAGGAAAGUGCUUCAACACUGGAUAUUCACGGUGAGGCUAGUUUCCCAAGUUUGUUUUCACAGUCGUCGUAUGCCGAUGCGGGAGUUCCACUUCCAGCCAAGAACUUGAUAUUCAAAGAUGGAAUCCUGUCAGAGUGGAGUGGACGGUCACCGUCCUCACUUCUUAUAGCGAACCUCCAUUUGCAAUAA